AUGCGUGAAGAGUUAGAGACUAUUUUUAACAUGAAUGUGUCUACAUCUAAGGUUAAAAGGGCGAGGCUGGCUCUUGAAAAGCUAGAAGGGAGUUAUCUUGAUGACUAUAAUAAACUUGAAGCAUAUGGACAAGAACUUAGAACUUCUAAUCCGGGAAGUGAUGUUGUUAUCAAUAUAUCAAAAGAAGCUCUUUUACAAGGAAAGAGGAAGUUCUUAAGGAUGUACAUUUGUUUCAAAGCAUUGAAGGAUGAAUGGAAAAGUGGUUUGAGACCACUUAUUGGGCUGGAUGGUACUUUUUUGAAGGGAAGAUAUAAGGGGCAACUAUUAGUUGCUACGGGUCAAGAUUAUAUGAACCAUUUUUAUCCUAUUGCAUGGGCAGUGGUGGAUAAGGAGACAGAUGGACAUGGAGUGACAUUCAUCUCAGAUAUGCAAAAGGGGUUAAUUGAUCCUAAGAAGAGUGUGUUUCCUGAAGCUAAGUACAGAUAUUGUGUAAGGCAUAUUGAGGCUAAUUGGUGUAAAAGGUGGAGGAGUGGACAAGCCAAGAAACUUAUGUGGCGGUGUGCAUGGACCACAUAUGUUGAAGACUUUGAAGAUCAAUUGAGAAAAUUAGGAGACAUAGAUGAAGAAGCUGCCAAAGACUUGCUGAAAUAUAAACCUCAAACUUGGUGUUGGGCAUACUUUGAUACUCAAUGUAAAAAUAUCAUGGUUGCCAAUAAUUUCACUGAGUCAUUUAAUGCAUGGAUUCUGGAAGCAAGGCAUAUGCCUAUCAUCAAAAUGUUGGAAGAAAUAAGGCUGAAGGUUAUGAGAAGGUUGGUUUCUAAUGAAGCAAAAGUUAGGUUUUGGAAGGGAGAUUUCAGUCCACCGUGCAUGAAGCUAUACAAUGUUUAUAGGGCAAUUGCUCAUGGAUGCAAGGUUGAGGUCAAUGGUGACUUUGGUUACGAAGUCACAGAAGGUGAUGAUAGACAUACAAUUAAUUUGAAUGAUAAAAGAUGCACAUGUAGGGCUUGGGACUUAUCGGGAAUACCAUGCCCCCAUGCUAUCAAGGCCAUGUUGUAUGAUAAGGUUGAACCAAGAACACAAAUACACUGGUAUUACUGUAAGGAGGCUUAUUUGCUAACUUACAAGAACAAAAUACAACCUGUUAGGGGAGUUAAAUUUUGGAAAGUCGAUCCAGCCCAAGCCAUGGAACCACCAGAAGUUGUGAAGACUGUAGGCAGGCCCAAACUUAAAAGAGAUAGAGUACCAGAUGAAGCAGGGAAAAGUGACACAAAUGAUGAAGCAGAAAUAAAGUUUCAAACUGAAGUAGGGACACAACAAUCAGUUUAUUCAACCACACAACCUUAUGGUCCUGAAGUCGAUACUGAAGAAGACUUAUCACUUAGGCCAAUGGUUGUUUAUGAAGUCACAAGGCUGGAAGAGAGAAAGAAAAAACCUAAGCCGACAAUUGGAUCAAGGAGAAUUAGAUUUACUGGAGAUGCUAGUGGAGUGUCAUUGUUGAUAAAUUUGCCUUAUUCACUAACUAAAACUAUUUGA